ACUUCCGCCAAUGCUAAUGCGAUUAGCAGCUAUGGACGGAGACGGCGCGGGACGGAAAGAAGCACCGUUAAGAAAGAGACAAAAAAUGUCGAAAGUGAGGAAUCAUUUCAAACUAAAUGGAAAAGGAAACACAGCAGGAAACAUCCGGUUCGCUGUGAGCUCGUUGGCUUCCGCUAACAGCUGGUACACCGGGCCAGUCAGCAGCAGGAUCAGGAUGAGAAGAUGGCUGGCUGUGUGUUUCCAAUGGGACCAGAGAGCUUUAAGCGCUUCACGCCGGACUCCCUGGCGGCCAUCGAACAGCGCAUCGCCCAGGAGGAGGCCCGACGCAAAAAGCAGUACCAGGAGGACCUGGGCGACGUGGAGCUGCCCCGGCCCCGGCCCGACCUGGAGGCGGGGAAGCAGCUGCCCCGGAUCUUUGCCGACAUCCCGUCUCACCUGGUGGGCGUCCCCCUGGAGGACAUCGACCCCUACUACUUCAGGGACCGGAGGACGUUCAUAGUGCUGAACAAAGGGAAGGCCAUCUUCCGCUUCAGCGCCACGGCGGCGCUCUACACCUUCAGCCCGUUCCACCCCGUCCGCCGGCUCGCCAUCCGGAUCCUGGUCCAUUCUUUGUUCAGCUUGUUCAUCAUGUGCACCAUCCUGACCAACUGCUGCUUCAUGGCCAUGUCGGAGCCGGCCAACUGGGCCAAGUACCUGGAGUACACCUUCACAGGUAUUUACACCUUCGAGUCGCUGAUCAAGAUCCUGGCCAGAGGCUUCUGUGUGGGACCCUUCACCUUCCUGAGGGACCCAUGGAACUGGCUGGACUUCAGCGUCAUCGUCAUGGCAUAUGUCACUGAGUUUGUGGACCUGGGUAAUGUGUCAGCCUUGCGGACGUUCAGGGUGCUGCGCGCGCUCAAAACCAUCUCAGUCAUCCCAGGCCUGAAGACGAUCGUCGGCGCCCUGAUCCAGUCGGUGAAGAAGCUCGCUGACGUCAUGAUCCUCACCGUCUUCUGCCUGAGCGUCUUCGCCCUCAUCGGCCUGCAGCUGUUCAUGGGAAACCUGCGGCAGAAAUGCGUCCGCAGCACCGAGCACUGCAUCAACGGCAGCCUGCCGGCCAACGCCUCCUUCUUCUGCAACAACAAGACCUGGGCCUCCGUCAGGGACUUCAUCGAACACGAAGCUGUGAGCCAGAGCGAUGAGUCCUGUGGGCCUUUGUCCUGCCGGGUCGAACCGAUCCGACCCGACGGAGGAAUCAGCAGCCAUGACGGCGCCUAG